AUGGAGACAACACAUCGCCUGGAUCCGCCCCUGCCCCGAACCCAAAAUGUGGAAGAAUCUCAAGCCGAGCGCUCCCAACAACGGGAUCCGUCCAUCGAGUCUACCCUGAAGUGCGCAAUAAAUCAGACUCAAGACGGUGACAUAUGCCAUAACACCAUCCCGGAAAGUGACGAUUUGACGACCGUUUGUUUGAAGGAAUUGAAUGAUUCUGAACUUGUGAAAGUGAGGACGAAAUUCGAUACAUUAUUCCGGCGAAUUCCAAAGAAAAAACGGAACAUCAAAAAAUUCUACGUACGACCCUGUCACCUGAAUUACAUCGAAUACGUAGACAGAGUACUCGGAGAAAAUAUUUCCAAAAUAGAAAAUGGGCCUGUCUCUCAAAUUAAGAAACGAAAGGAAAUAAAGAAAACAAUUUAUGUAGCUGGCCUUCUCCUGCAAAAACACAUCCUGGGGAAAACCGACCGACAAGAUCCGAUUUACAUCAAAACGGAGAAGAAAAUCAAAUCGUUAGAACUCCGGGUUAAAAACGCAGAAGCAGUCGUUAACUGGAAAGGAGGCAUUUUCAAAAAGCAGUGGAAAGACGAAGUUGAGGAAAUGCGAAAAUUGAAAAUGAAACCGAAACAGUAUAUUGUUUCUACGAACGACCGGAUAAGGAUCUUGAAGGAAAAAGCUGAACAUCAGAGGAAGCAAGCCCAAGCCCAGAAAAUUAGGUACUUAUUCAACAACAGACCGUCGAUGAAAAUCUUGGAAAAAUCUGUGGUUGCAAGUCCAGAACCAUCAGUGGUGACUCAAUAUUACACGAAAAUGUAUACUCAGUGUAAUGAAAGCCAUGAAACUCCCAUCUUCAAUUCAUGGCUGCAAAAAUUCCAAAAAUUCACCAAUGGACGCGACUACAGUGGACAGUUAGAGGAACAAAAUUUGGAAAGAAUCAUCAAUGAAGCAAUCACCAAAACAUCACCUUGGAAGAGCCCCGGAGAAGAUUGCAUUCCAAAUUACCUCUACAAAGUUCUUCCUUGUGCUAAAGAAUAUUUGAAAAAAUUUAUUAUUUCUAUAGUACAAGGAAAACAAGAUUUGAGUGAAGCAGAUGUGAGGGCAAAUAUUGUGCUGGUUCACAAGAAAGGCGAUGAAAACGAUCCAGCCAAUUAUCGGCCAAUAGCUCUGCUAAACACCGAGUAUAAAAUAUUAACAUCGACGAUAGCUUCCAUCCUGAAAAACCACCUUCCAGAAUGGGCAAUCCCGAAGGAACAACUGGCCAGACAACACAUAUGGGGAACAAUCCAUGGUAUGCUUGUGGACAAAUCAGUGACGCAGCUAGCAAGAAUGAGGAGAAAGAAGAACUAUUCAGCCUGGUACGACUUCAAAAAGGCAUACGACUCCAUCUCACACAGGCAACUCAAAAGGUUGAUUGGAAAUUUACCUCUAGACCAAAACAUCAAGAAGGUACUCAGAGGCUCCAUGAACCUGUGGUCUGUUCAAAUAAAAAUCGGUAAGGACAAGACAAACCCGAUAUAUGUCAAGAGAGGAGUGUACCAGGGUGAUUAA